CUUAGAAAUCCAGAGAAGGCAUCAGCUAGUACAUUUCUCCCACGCCUAUCUCCUCAUUAUAUAUUCUCUUCCACGUUUACUGCGGACAGACCAGGAAGAUUUCUGAAGAGCAAAUCAGUCCGGGCGGCAGCUUUUUGGAACAGCUGAAAGACAGGUUGCAGAUUGCCGUCAUGAGUGAGAUCACUAAGAGUUCACUGGAGAAAAUCCUUCCACAACUAAAAUGCCACUUCACCUGGAAUUUAUUCAAGGAAAAGGAUGUUUUAUCUCAUCUAAAUGACAGAGUGUGUAACCAGAUUGAAUUGCUAAGCACAGAAUUCAAAGCAACAAUGUACAACUUGUUGGCCUACCUGAAACAUCUGCAAGGUCAAAACGAUGCAGCCCUGGAAUGCUUACAGCAAGCUGAAGAGUUAAUUCAGCAAGAACACCCUGGGCAAGCAGAAAUCCAGAGUAUGGUCACCUGGGGAAACUACGCAUGGAUCUACUACUACAUGGACCAGCUUGAAAAGGCUCAGACUUACGUUGACAAGGUGAAGCAGGUCUGUGUGAAGUUUUCAAAUCCCUACAGUAUUGAAUGCCCUGAGCUUGACUCUGAGGAAGGAUGGACACAACUGAAGUGUGGAAGAAAUGAAAGGGCAAAGAUAUGUUUUGCGAAGGCUCUGGAAGAGAAACCUGACAACCCAGAAUUCUCUUCUGGGCUAGCAAUUGCAGUGUACCAACUAGAUGCUAAGCCAUGGAAGCAGUUCCCUGACAGGGCUCUGAGGCAGGCUAUUGAGCUGAGUCCUGAGAACCAAUAUCUCAAAGUUCUCUUGGCCCUGAAACUUCAGAAAACAAAUGAAGAAGCGGAAGCAGAACAAUUGAUUGAAGAGGCCCUAGAGAAAGCUCCUCAAAAAGCAGAUGUCCUUCAAACUGCAGGCAAGUUUUACAGAAAAAAAGGUAACCUAGACAAAGCUAUUGAGCUCUUCCUAAGGGCCUUGGACUCCACCCCAAACAAUAGCUACCUCUAUUUUCAUAUUAUAUGCUGUUAUAGGGAUAAAAUUAUGCAAUUGCAGAAAACAGGAGAAUCUGAAGCCAAAGGAGACAGAGAGAAGAUUGAAGAACUGAGGGCCUUAAUUACUAAGUAUAUAAAUAAAGUUACUGAGGAGAAGUCAGAUUUUCUGAAUAUACCCUGUGACUUCACUGAGUUUGAAAAAGCAGAAGAAUGUUAUCAAAGAGUGUUCAGGAAGGGGCUCCCCAGUGCUAACGAGCAACAACUUCACCCUGACCAUAGCCACACUCAUGAAUAUUACAGCAAGUCCACAGACACUACGGUUGAAAAUUAUUUAGAAAGUUUUGUUACCAGCAAAAUGUCAUCUGAGAAGGAAGAGAUGAAACACAGCACAGCUAAAAAUCUGCCUCCGCAAAAUGCACCAAAUUGUGAGUCUCUGCAAGGGCUCAAUGGCAAGCUUGAUGGAGACCUGCCACAAGCUGUGGAAUGUGAGGAGAAGGAACGGGGCCAUCUACGGAAGGAGGCUGCUUUGAGCAUAGGCAGUGCAUUCGCUCCAACAUCUGAGCCUGAAGAGGGCAGUGAGGAAAUGUGCCAGGAUGCAGGUAGCUCCACCUGCACACGGCUUCCCCAUUCCUGACCUGGGACACAGACGAAGACAAGCGAGGCGUCUAAAGGCACAGCUUGGUUGUUGUGGUGGGGAGAAAGCUGGGGAAGCAGAAGGCCCCCAACUCAAGGCUGCUGAGCACAGUGUCCUUGCUUACAGCUUUUAAGUACAUUGGCGGGGGAGGGGGUGGCAAGCAGUCAAACUCAGGACCCUGUGCUUGCCAAGUAGGCACUUAGGGUGCUGAGCUAUAUCCCCGACUCUUCAAGUACAUUUUUAAAGAGUAGUCUUCUCAUAUUCUGUUCAUCUCAGCCCUAUAGUUGUCUGUACACCAGGUCUUAUUACCAGUCAUUAGUAGCUUCAGGCUGGCAUAAAGCUGAUAUGUUCUCAGUUUGUAGUCAGGCUGCCAUGUAAUCCCCAUCUGCCCUUCUGUCCAAAGAUAGUACAUGAUAAUAGCCUACCAACGAAAUCUCCAUUGCUUGCUUUGUCUCAUUUCCAUUUAGCCUUCUGGAACUGCAGGAUUAACUUUCCCUCUAAACUGGGCAUUAAUAUAGUUCUCACUUCUGAAAUAAACUAUGAAAUGAUUCUCUAA